AUACCUCUCUCGACCUGUGCCCACCCAACCUCUAUUUCACGCUAUGGCUGGCGACCACGACGACGAUCUGACGGCUGAGCCCACCGAGGGCUUCAAGGUCGGCGAGAAGAAGACAAUUGACGAGUACCAGAAGCUAGACCAGAACGACGAGUCCCUCCGCAAGUGGAAAGAAUCGCUCGGCCUCGGCCAGGGCAAGGACAUCUCGGACCCCAACGACCCGCGCAAAUGCAUCAUCCUCUCGCUCGGCCUCGAGGUCGAGGGCCGCCCCGACAUAAUCAUCGACCUGAAGAGCCCUGGCGCCGUCGAGACUCUCAAGGACAAGCCGUUCACAAUUAAAGAAGGCGCGCAGUUCCGCAUGAAGGCUACCUUCAAGGUCCAGCAUGAGAUCCUGGCGGGGCUGAAGUACCUCCAGAAGGUCUCGAGGAUGGGUAUCAGCAACAAGAUGCAGGAGAUGAUGGGCUCAUACGGUCCGAGUACCGAGGAGAAGCCUUUCUACGAGAAGAAGUUCCAGUCCGACACCGCGCCUUCCGGUUUCGCCGCUCGAGGCCACUACAAGGCCGUCUCCAAGUUCGUCGACGACGACAACCAGACCCACCUGCAAUUCGAGUGGUCUUUCGACAUCAAGAAGGACUGGUAGGCCUCAUCAUGGAGUGGAGUCCGGUGAAUGGCGGUAUCUAAGCGGCAUGAUGAGCUGACAUGUUUGGUCACGUACGAGGAGGGCGGAAAUGCUCACCUUGAGAAUUUACGAGCUUGAUGGCGAAUGAUAUGAUAAUUUAAAAGAUGCUAGGCAGGAAGCCAAGGGGUUCCGAAUGGAUCAAACUCUCAGCGCCUGUUAUACUUUGCCUCGGGUUACGCUCUUUCGAGCUGAGUUCAUCCUGGCCCUUCCCCUUCUUGCAAUCCGUAGUGUCUCUGAAACCGAAACCACCGUCCCGCGAUUCUCUUCACUUUGACGGUGCGGCCAGCCCACGCUCGAUCACCGCUUCCAGAGCCAAAUCGCCGGGCGGAGACGUUUAGU